AAGAUUAUGAAUAAUAAUCUUUACGGAAUAUGUUCUGUUUGUUUUUGUGAUGGAAAAUUAAUUUAAUUAGGAUGUACCCAUCAAUUUUGUGAAUCUUGUAUUGAAUAAACAAUAAAAAAAAGAGUUUCUUAGGAAAAAUUUUUAGAAUUGAAAUGUUUAUAGAAUGGAUGCAAUUAUAGGCUUCCUAAAACAAUGCUUAUAAAACAUUGUAAUCCUUAAGAAUUUGAAAAUAUAUAUAUAUAUUAAUCAGAAGAUAUUUCGACAGUUCUAGAUAUUUUAGCCUAUUGUACAGGAGUUGAUUGGAAUAAGAUUUUAAAACUCACAUUGGGGUGAAU